AUGUCGUUGGAUGAGAAAGCUCUCCAAACAGCCGCCGACGGCGGCUCGAUCGAUUUAGAGAGAUGGAGCGGCAUGGCUGCGCCUAUGAUCGAGCGGCUAGAACACAUCGUGUACAAUCUGUUCCCCAUGCCUCAAGUGCGCCCCGAGUCCACGGACGUUCAAACGUUCCUCCGUUCUUCUCAAAUAGCUGCCAAUCCACCUGAAAGCAGUAAUAAAGAGAAUGCUGCUCCCGCAGACCUUGAUGCACCAUCCCAAGGAGCGGCGCCUGGCUCUCCAUCGACCGAGCGAGUGCCAGACUCGCAGCCUCAAUCGUCCGGCGCGAGCACAGAUAGCCUUCCACCCCAACUAGCACUACUUCUGAACGCAAUUCGCUCGUCGAUCACAUCUUUCUUCAUGGAGAAGCCCCCUCACACCAUACAGAGGCUCGCAGAGCUAAUACUCUACCCAAAAAAGCACUAUAAUACAUUGCCCGCAUAUCUACGUGCUGUCGACCGGGUUACUUCAGUCACAAGCUCUGCGGACAUUUUCCCAUUUCGAACUCCAGCCACCGAAAAUUACCAUUCUAACGGGCUGGUGCACCCCGGGAAUAGCAGUGGAGUUUAUAUUGCACCAGACUAUGCUCAAGGCCUUGGGAGCGAUGAGUCUUUGGGUGGUGCGCUUCUAACCCCGAUUCCAUGGCUGACCAAUGCUUCUUUCGAUGGCGAGGACGUGAACGGGGAUACAAACAUACUAGGCGAGGCCACUGCAGAGGGUUUGCCCUUGCAGUCGGAAGAGGAAAUCAGUGCGGCGGUCAUUAGACCAUCUGAGACCGAAGAUGGAGCCCCCACUGCCUCCCCAGAGCCAUCUGAUGAAGUGCCCCAUGCGCGUGGUCCCAUCCUCCUCGGAGUCGAAGACAUGGGUCUGCAAGAUGGAAAAGGCAUAGAGAUGAGCCUUGGAGCGAGUGAUGUUCCAGCAGCAACAGCUACCCCACCAACAGAGGAGCUGGCGAAGACCGGCCCGACGGCCGAUGAAGACGGUGAUAUUGUCCUCGAAGACACCAAAGCAAAAGAAGAAGAAGACAAUAAGGAUGACACUGCUGCGAAGCCUGAAGUAAAGAAUGCCGAGUUCGAGUCGACCGGCGAAUCAUUCCAAGCGCCGGACGCCGAGAAGAAAGCAUAA